AUGUCCAUUUUGUCGUCGUUAGCUGAUUCAGUGGUUGAUAUCACUACGGGUCUCGUUAUAUUCGGUACUAGCCGCAUGAUCAGGAAGCGGGAUCCCUACUUGUACCCCCGCGGACGUACUCGCUUGGAACCGCUGGCUUUGAUCGUCAUUUCAACUGUGAUGGGCAUCGCCUCGGUGAUGCUGAUCUACGAGUCGGUGAAGCGGGUCAUCACAAAUGAUGUAAAACUUGACGUGGACGCCGUCUCGGCUGGCAUUAUGGUGGCCACGAUUUGCGUCAAGUUCACGCUGAUGUGCGUCUGUAGACAGUACGACGACCCGUCGAUCAAUGUGCUAGCGAUGGACCAUCGAAACGACUGCCUGUCCAAUUCGGUGGCUCUCGUCUGCGCUGCUCUGGCUUCAUACUUUGGACCUUCUGAACCGCUCUGGUGGAACGUCGAUCCGUUGGGCGCCAUCAUCGUCUCGAUCUACAUCGCAUAUACUUGGUUUUCUACUGGCAAAGAGCACACUUCGAUGUUGUCAGGAAAAACGGCCGAUCCGGAUUUCAUCAAUCGCAUUAUCAAGGUGGCGCUCGACCACGACAACCGCGUAAAUGGCAUCGACACGGUUUAUGUCUACCAUUGGGGCACCAAAUUCUUGGUUGAGGUCCACAUCAUCCUCGACCCGGAGAUGCUGCUCCGCGAUGCUCACGAUAUUUCUGAGAGUUUACAGGUCAACAUUGAGAGCUUACCAGAGGUGGAACGCGCCUUCGUCCACACCGAUUACGAGUCUGAUCACCAGCCCGGCGACGAGCACAAAGUAGUC